AUGCCACGGUACUCUGGAACAUCACAAGAGAAAACACUUUGCGAGAUUGAUAUCAGCUCUACCUCCCUCCGUGGCCCCCUCAUCACGACGACUCUCAAGCUUUGCUCCCAGUCUGGUGACCAGCCCUCCGGCGCUGAGUGCUACAAGUGCGGCGAGGUCGGCCACAUUGCCCGCAACUGCUCCAUGGACGGCCAGGAAUUUGAGGUCGCAGAGUCCGUGUUGACAAGGCCUCUGACCGACCGCGCCGGCCACACCACAACAAUCUACAGCGAACUGAGCGACCUUGGCCAACACGCGUUCAUCGGCAACUCGAGCAUGAGUUCUCAUCGUCCCUCUGUCUCCAGAUCCCUCCUCGACACUGACCCGAACCCCAAAGGAGUCAAUAGAAUUUCUGUACCUGACCUGGGGAUAAUAUUGACCUACUACACGUUUCCAUUUCGCGCGUCCUUUCGACUUCUCAAAGCGCCACAAGAAACAGCCGAAACCGAGCGACCUGCCAUUGUCUAG